CAGCCGAAACUGAGAAACCCAAGCUGCUCACCAAAACCCAACAAACAGAUACAUUAUUUCCUUUCUUCUUCUUUGUUUUGUUUUACAAAUAUGAAGGCUCGGCAGAACUUGCUUUUGAUGAUCAUAGCUAGUGCAGCGGUUUUCAGCGUUGCCACAGCUUGCUCCAAUGGGCAGUGCAAGCUUUUAGAAGCAUGCUCGUCAGACGGAGAUUGUGAGGCAGGGCUUUUCUGCUCCUCUUGCCCAGAAGCCUUUUCCGGCUCUAGAUGUAUAAGAUCAACCAUUACAGACCAAUUCAAGCUUUUGAACAAUUCUCUGCCAUUCAACAAGUAUGCGUUUUUGACAACCCACAAUGCUUUCGCUAUUGAGGGAGAGCCUUCUCAUACUGGAAUUCCUCGCGUUACCUUCACAAAUCAAGAAGAUACUAUCACUCAACAGCUAAAUAACGGGGUUCGAGCCUUAAUGCUCGAUACGUAUGAUUUCAAAGGAGAUGUGUGGUUGUGCCACUCUUUCAAUGGAAAAUGCCAUGACAUUACUGCAUUUGAACCAGCUAUAGAUACCCUCGAGGAGAUUGAAGCAUUUUUAUCUGCCAACCCAGCAGAAAUUGUCACAUUGAUAUUAGAGGACUAUGUUGAAGCUCCAAAUGGAUUGACAAAUGUCUUCAAAGCUUCUGGGUUGAUGAAAUACUGGUUUCCAUUGACAAGCAUGCCCAAAAAUGGUCAGGACUGGCCACUGGUUAGUGACAUGGUUGCUAAGAACCAAAGACUACUUGUAUUUACUUCAAAAAGUGCCAAGGAACAAUCUGAAGGGAUUGCAUACCAAUGGAACUACAUGGUUGAAAACCAAUAUGGGGAUGGUGGAAUGAAGCCAGGAAAUUGUCCAAAUAGAGGAGAAUCAGCACCUCUAAAUGACAUGACUAAAUCAUUGGUGUUGGUUAAUUAUUUUACUUCCAUUCCCAUCAAGCAAAUCAGCUGUGCAAUUAACUCUGGGGAUCUGAUUAAAAUGCUCUACACUUGUUAUGGUGCGGCUGGCAACCGAUGGGCUAACUUCGUCGCUGUCGAUUUUUACAAGAGGAGUGAAGGAGGAGGGUCGUUUCAAGCUUUAGACAAUCUGAAUGGGGAGCUCUUGUGUGGAUGCAAUGAUGUCCAUGCAUGUGUGCCAGGAUCACCUCCUGGGUCUUGCCAGCCAUAGCAGAGACGAUAGAAAUUCAUGUAAUAAGCUUAAAUCCUCAUCAUGAGAAUUGUAUUAAUCUCGGGGAACUAGCAUGAUUUGUAAUUGAUUUCUAUAAACUGAUGUGUUAAAAA